AUGGCUCUACUUGAGCCCAUAAAGCAGAAGUACCUCGCCGUCGGCUACUCCCCUUCCCCCACGGUUCUAAUCCCCUUCCCCCACAAUUCUACCCCCCUUCCCCCACGGUUCUACUCCCCUUCCCUCACUGUUCUACUCCCCUUCCCCCACGGUUCUACUCCCCUUCCCCCACGGUUCUACUCCCCUUCCCCCACAAUUCUACUCCCCUUCCCCUACGGUUCUACUCCCCUUCCCUCACGGUUCUACUCCCCUUCCCCCACGGUUUUACUCCCCUUCCCCCACGGUUCUACUCCCCUUCCCACACGGUUCUACUCCCCUUCCCCCACUGUUCUACUCCCCUUCCCCCACGGUUCUACUCCCCUUCCCCCACGGUUCUACUCCCCUUCCCCCACGGUUCUACUCCCCUUCCUCCACGGUUCUACUCCCCUUCCCCCACGGUUCUACUCCCCUUCCCUCACUGUUCUACUCCCCUUCCCCCACGCUUCUACUCCCCUUUCCCCACGGUUCUACUCCCCUUCCCCCACGGUUCUACUUCCCUUACCCCACGGUUCUACUCCCCUUCCCCCACGGUUUCACUCCCCUUCCCCCACGGUUUCACUCCCCUUCCCCCCCGGCUCCACUCCCCUCCCCCCCCGGCUCCACUCCCCUUCCCCCACGGUUCCAUUCCCCUCCCCCUUCGGUUGCACUCCCAUUCCCCCACGCUUCCACCUCCCCGUCCCCAACGGUCGGGGCUUUAUGUUUGUGCAUAGCAUGGGCAGCAAGCCUAGUCCACGUGACGUUGUGUGGGCGCUGAAGGCAUGA